GUGGUGCUGAAACACCUGAACCCCCUGAUCUCCAACAUAGGCUGCACGUCGCGGUGUGUGGCACGGAACCGAGAACAGCCAUGGACGGAUUCUCUUGGAAACUUUUUGUACUUUCUUCUUGCCUCAUGGCGGAGGGGUCUUCGCAAGACUUCGGACAGACCCAGUUUAUUUGCACUUCGGUACCCAAAGAUAUGGACCUGUGUUCGGCCGCGAUGCAGAACAGCGGUCCGAAGGAAGACCUGAAGACAACGGUCUUGCAGCUACGGGAGACGGUGCUGCAGCAAAAGGAAACCAUCAUGAACCAAAAGGAAACCAUACGGGAACUAACGUCUAAGUUGACCCGGUGCGAAAGUCAGAGCCUGCCCGAGUCGGGACCGGGCAGCGCUGGGCGGCGGCCCGGGUCGAAGAACACCAUGGGGGAUGUAUCUCGCGGGCCCACGGACACCCUGACCCAGCUGGGACACACGUUACAGACCCUGAAACAGAGACUGGAGAACCUUGAGCAAUACAGCCGGGGGAACAACACCAUCCAGGCCAACAGUUUGAAGGACCUGCUGCAGAACAAGAUCGACGACAUGGAGAAGCAGGUCCUGUCCCGGGUCAACACGCUGGAGGAGACCAAGCCAGCACCCCGGAACGACACGGACCAGCGGAACAAAGUGGAGUCCACGCUCACUACUCUGCACCACCGCAUCACCGACCUGGAGAAAGGAAAAGAAAACCGACCGAUGGAUAAGUUCCAACUGACCUUCCCCCUCAGGACCAACUACAUGUACGCCAAAGCCAAGAGGAGCAGUACUCUGCCGGAGAUGUACUCUUUCACCGUGUGCCUGUGGAUCAAGUCCAACGCGUCGCCCGGGGUGGGCACGCCCUUCUCGUACGCGGUGCCCGGCCAGCCCAACGAGGUCGUGCUGAUCGAGUGGGGGGACAACCCGAUGGAGUUCCUCAUCAACGACAAGGUGGCGAAGAUGCCCUUCCUCAUCAACGACGGCAAGUGGCAUCACCUGUGCAUCACCUGGACCACGCGCGACGGCGUGUGGGAGGCCUUCCAGGACGGGGUGAUGAGGGGCACAGGGGAGAACCUGGCCCCCUACCACCCCAUCAAACCCCAGGGGGUGCUGGUGCUGGGACAAGAGCAGGACACAUUGGGUGGAGGCUUCGACGCUACUCAAGCAUUUGUCGGCGAGCUGGCGAACCUGAAUUUCUGGGACAGGAAGCUGUCCAUUGGGGAGAUUUACAACCUGGCCACCUGCAACAGCAGAGCACAGACGGGGAACGUCUUCUCUUGGACCGAGGCGAACAUUGAGAUAUACGGCGGAGCCACAAAAUGGACAUUUGAGCCUUGUCGCUCGCCAAACUAAAUCGUCACGCCGACUUGGUGUACGAAUUCCGUUGAUCAUCGUCUUGAGUUUUGACAUUCGUCGGAAACGACUUGAGCUUCAUUUAUCGAUAAGCCUCAGUUUGUUGUUUUCCCUCCAAAUCCAAAUCCACGCCCACUUAGAUAUUAAUGUGCAUAACAAACACACACACACACACAAACAAAUCUCGAGGUUGAAAAAAAAAGAAUCCCAUUCUUGUCGGGGAAAAAAAACCUCAGUGGAACAAAAGUGUCAGUAUCUGUUUUCUCUCGGGAGGUUCGGUUAAAAGCACUUCUUCUUCUUCGCUCUCUCUGGGUUUCUUUUCCUUCUGCUUUAUUUCC